GCAGGACCGCUGCUGUCGAUCAGUCUUGUUUGUUUUGUUUUUGCCUCUUCUUCUUGCUGCUUUUGUUCGAUGUCGUCGUUUUUCCUUGUUCUUGCUGCAAGAAGAAGAAGAAGAGAGAAAAGCAACCACCUUCGUUGUUUGUGUGCGUGUGUGUGUGUCAUCGCACCUCCAUCUCGCACCUCUAUCGCUCGCACCCGCAGCUGUUCGAACCCCACUCCCCACCAAACCAAGCACGCCAACAAGAAGCAAGUGAGCAGACAUCGUUGACGCCAUCCACCCCGCUUGCACCUCGCGUCGUGAACACACGCAUUUGUAUCCGCGACUGCGGUUGUUCCGAGCAUCUUGGGCCUGUGACCUGUUUGCCUAUCGCACGGCCCGUUCAAGAUGGACGUGGACCCCGACGCGCUGCUGGACUUUCUCAGCGUGCCCGGAGAUGCGCAGAUGACUGCGCUGGAGCAGCUCUGCAUGCUCCUCCUCCUCUCAGACAACGUCGACCGCGUCUUCCGCCAGUUCCCGCCAUCGUCGUUUGUGCCGGCGCUGUGCAAGAUUCUUGUCAGCGACACGGCGACGCCAACUGUGCUUGAGGCCACGCUGCGCGCUCUCUCGUUUUUCCUGGACAUCUCGAUGGACUGCGUGGGCCGCAUCACCUCGUGCGAUGGCGCCAUCUCCGCCAUCUGCCGCCACCUCGAGGCUGCAGACCUCACCGACGCAAUCACAAAGGACAUGGCCAUGCAGAGCACAAAGGUGCUCGAGAUGAUCAGUAACCGCGACACGGCGGCGCUCUACCGGGCCGGUGCCCUGCGCAGCUGUCUCCACUUUGUGGUUGAGGGCCAGUCCCUUGUCUUCCUCGACGCCCUCAAAUCCGCCAUGAACGUCGUCGUCAGAUGCUGCAGCCGCAUUGAUGAGAAGGACGACUAUCUGCCGCAGGUGAUUGAGCACCUCAACACGCUGCUCGACAGCGAGCAGCCAGACCUCAGGAACACCGCCCUCCAGUGCUACGGCACACUCACAGACAAACUUUCCCGCCAAAAGGGCGACCUUGGCGCGCUGGCGACGGAGGGCACAGUGCGGUCGCUGCUGCGUCUCAUCUGCAGCACCGCCUCCACCGCAUCCGACGCCGAGCUCGAAAUUGCCCGCAUCGCCCUCAACACCCUCAACGCACUCUGGUACGGCGCAGACACGUCGCGCCACGAUGAGGACGGGCGGACGGCGCUGGAGUUGGCGCAGGCCGGCGAGCACCAGGCGUGUGCGGACAUUCUGUCCAGUCCAGAGCAACACAUGGAGGAGGCUGAGGACGAGGAGGACGAGGGCGAAGAAGAAGACGACGGCGGCGAUGGUGAUGCCGAUGCUGCGGAGAGUGAUGCAAGCUCGCCAACACGCGCGGCGGUGAUGGGAACGCACUCGAUCAUGGGCGACGGGACCCCCGACAUCAAGGAUGAGGCAGCGCGCACAUCCGACGCGCCAAACCCGCUGUUGGACCUGAGCAUGAUGUGCGCAGAGCAAGUUGUGCCGCCGCUCGCCACCGCCCUCACAAACCUCUCAUCCAUUCAGACACAGGGCAUGUUGCUGCGUGUGAUUGCGCGCUUCACUGCCCAUCUCUCACAGGAGGACCUCUCAAACUUCAUCCAAUACGGACACAACUUUUCGCUGGAGAUGAUUCUUGAUCCGCUGCCGGAGAUUCUCGAGAGCGACGACGGCCAGGCCAUGCUCGCAGCCGUCACCAUCGUCAAGCAUCUUGUUGAGAAGAACGUCCCAUCUGCUCGAAAUGACAUUCUCCGCCUCGGCCUCGUCGCCCGCCUGGCAACGCUGGCAGAGCGCGCGGAAGCUCUUGCAAAGGAGACAAAGCCCCAGGAAUCAGAGGAGACAAUUGAGCCUGGCAUGAAGCUUGAGGCUGUGGACCGCAAGAACCCUGGCCUCGUGUGCGUGGCCACCAUCCUUGAAAUUGACAACAGCCGGCCAGACUGCCUCCACAUCCGCUUUGACGGGUGGACCGACAGGUACGACUAUUGGGCAGACCCGACGUCAACAGACCUGCGCCCCGUCGGCUGGUGCGAGCACAACUCCCACACGCUGCAGAUCCCGCGUGGAUACUCGAAGCGAUUUGACUGGCAGCAGUACCUGCGGGAGACAAACGCAAAGGCGGCGCCGGCACACCUUCUCGCAACCGUCCAUGUGCACGGCGGCCAGGCCAAGAAGCUGCGCGAGGCGCUGACAAAGGCCAAGGCGCUGUACGACAAGCACUUUGGGGCCAAUGCGGUUGAACGCGACGUUGUGCGGCGGCUGCGAGAAAUCUCCACCAUGCUGGUGACGCUUGUUCGCUCCACGCCAAACGCCUGCGUGACGCCGACAACACACGCGUCGCUGGACUUUGCCGUGGACGAACGCCAGGGCGCGUCGACAGCGAAGAACAACAGCAACGCCACGGCAGGGACCCCCACAGGCAGUGGCAGCAGCAGCAACAACCCACACCCAGAGACAGAGGAUGUGCCCAUUGUGGGGCUGCAGCGGCAGCUGUCAUCCGGCAGCCAGCUUGCUCUUCAGCGCAAGCAGGACAUGGUGCACUGCCUUGUCAAGCUGUCUGAGCUGCUGGUGUCGGACAAGUCCAUCUCGUCAUAUGAGCUGUGUCGCAGCAAGUUUGACGAAAGUCUGCUCAUGUUCCUGACACACGUCACCCGCCGCGCCUCCGUCUCCCGCGCCGACGGACACACAGACCUCGAGAUGCGGCGUGUGCUGUUCCGCCAAGUGUUUGGUGUCCAGCCGAGCAAGACAGACAAUCCUGCCGCGCUUCUCGUGCGCAAGCUCCUCUCCGUCGUCGAGCACACAGAGGCGCUUCCGGUCUUCCAAUUCUCAAAGACGACGAAAGACACGCUGGAGGUGAUGAACCGGGCGCUGACGUUGGAGGUACAGCGACAUCCAAACUCGCGCGAGCUCAAGUGCUUGGACGGCAACACGCUGCGCGUCGAGCCCCUCACCACCGUGCAGCAGCUGCUUGACUUCCUCAAGCCGCGCACGAAGAAGAAGUGGUACGACUACCAACGGCAGAAGCUGUCGUUCUUCAAACGCAUUCGCGACGGGGAGAAGGUCACGUGCAAGUACGAGAGUGACUUUGACCAGAACGGCGUGGUGUACUGGAUUGGCACCAACGGGCGCCGUGAGUCCUCGUGGGUGAACCCCUCGGAGACGCACCUCAUCUACAUCACGACGCACAUUGGCCGCGAGCUGCCGUUUGGACGCGUGCGCGAUAUUGUUUCUCGCGACUCUUCUCCACGAAACUGUCACACCAACAACAACAAGUCUGGCUGGGUGUCGAUUGACCUUGGCCUGCUGAUCAAACCAUCGCACUACACCCUUCGCCACGCCACGGGCUAUUCCUCUUCAGCCCUCCGCACUUGGUCUCUUGAGGGCUCUGACAACGGCAAGGAGUGGUUCACCCUGCGUGAACACGAGAAGGACGAGCACCUGCGCUCCCCCGGCGACACACACACGUGGGAGAUCACAACGGCGCCACCCCGCCCCGUGUGCAUGUUCCGCAUCAAGCAGAAAGGGCCGGACUCUGACGGAAAGAACCACUACAUCUCCAUCAGCGGCUUUGAGGUGUACGGGGAGAUUGUCGGCGUGAGCAAGCGCUCGUUCGACAAAGCCCUGCGCCAGGAGGUGUUGCAGCGGCAGCGGCAGCUGGAGAAACUUCGCCGCUCCGCCGAUGUCAUCCAGCCAGGCGUGCGAGUUAAGCGCGGGCGCGACUGGAAGUGGGGCGACCAGGACGGCAACCCACCAGGCCCCGGCACGGUGACAAGCACGGUGAAGCAGGGCUGGGUGGACGUUGAGUGGGAUGACGGCGGCGUCAACUCGUAUCGCAUGGGAAAUGACGGCAAAUACGACCUCGAGCUCAUUAGCGACGAGGAGCGACAGAUGGACGAGGAAGAGGACACAGCCGAGCGCACGGCCGCGUCAAAGAAGAAGAAGAAGAAACGUGAAGAGGCGCCAGCAAAGGCCGGCGAAGCCAUGGACGUCAACAGCGACGAUGUGGAUGACGAUGAUCAUGACGGUGAUGAUGAUGACGAUGAUGGCGAUGACGACAAGGAUGGUGGCAACGCCACCUCCACCGGCACUGUCGCAACGGCUGGCUCGAGCGAGGCGGAGCGCGUGCGCGCGUCCCUGCGGGCGGUGGCAGGCGACAUCCUCACCUCUGACGAAGAUGAAUCAGAUGAUGACGAUGACGAUGAUGACGACGACGAUGACGAUGAUGAUGAUGAUGAGGUUGAGGAGGAGGACAACAUGUUUACAUCAUCGCAAUCGCGCGCCAUGUUUGACCUCGAGCACUACCUUGGUCGGGACGAGCUGUAUCACAGGCGCGGACCGGUUGCUGCGUUUCUGCGCCGGCGCCGCCACCGGGAGGCGUCUGUGUCGUCGUCGACGUGGGACAGCUCCACCACGCUCAAGCGCCAGUACUCCGCACUCGUCCCGGCGUACGACCCGCGCCCGGGCCACUCAAACCCGCCAGCGACGGUGGAUCUUCACGUCCCGGGGCCAGACACGCACGUGUCGCUGCCAACGCCGCAGCAGAACAAGCAGCAAGACCCGUUUGUGCUGUAUCUCAUGAAGGAUCCUGAGAAGGGACUGCAGGCGGACAACUUGGCCAAGCUCGACCCAUCCUGCACCAUCCUCCGCCAGAUUCAGCGCCACUGCUUUGACGCAAACAACUGGAAGCCCACGGAUGUGUGGGGAAAGCGGUUCAAGAUUGUCUACUCCAACAACAAGCCCACGCCAAAGCGCAAGGUGUCAUCUCAGAGUGAUGCGCGCGGGCCGAAGCAAGUCACCUUUGACGCGCAGCUUACCGAGGCCUUGUCAAAGGAGGUGAGCAAGCGGCACACGGACAGCUCGCUGUCGCUGCUCGAGGUGCUGUUUGACAUGACGCAAGCUGUUGGCGGUGACGAGAGCGAGGAUGCAGCCGCAUACCUCGACGCCACCUGCCGCACGAUGCUGCGCGCCACGGAGGAGAUUGUGUUCGCCAUCGAGAAGGCCGAGUUUGUGAGCAGGAAGCUCACGAGCAAACUGCAGCGGCAAAUGGCGGAUCCGCUUGCGCUUGUGAGCGGGGCGUUGCCGUCGUGGUGCGAGACGCUGGCUCGUUCGUGCCCCGUGCUGUUCCCCUUUGAGGCGCGGAAGCAGUUCUUCUCCGCCCGCGCGUUUGGCAUUUCCCGGUCCAUCGUCUGGGUGCAGGAGAAGCGCGAGGCAGCAACGCGCCGCGGGCAGAAUGUGAGCGGGAACGAGCCCCCACCACAGGAGUAUCAGGUCGGCCGCCAGAAGCACGAGCGUGUCACCGUUCCGCGCAGCGAAGACAAGCUGUUUUCGUGGGCGCGCAACGUGCUGCUGACGCAGGCGUCGCACAAGAGCGUGCUUGAGAUUGAGUUCAAGGAUGAGCCCGCCACGGGUCUGGGGCCCUCGCUCGAGUUCUACAGUCUUGUGUGUGCGGAGUUUCAGCGCAAGGACUAUGCCAUGUGGCUGUGCGACGACCACUUGGGCACCGCCACCACGACACGCGACCUCGGCCACGGAGCCAAGCCGCCCGGGUUCUACGUGCGGCGGCCCGCGGGUCUGUUCCCAGCGCCGUAUCCAGAGGAGAAGCUGCCGGCAGAGGUCGAGAGCAAGUUUGAGCUCCUCGGCGUCUUCCUCGCAAAGGCCAUGCAGGACCACCGCCUCGUUGACAUGCCGCUGUCGACGGCCAUGCUGAAGAUCAUGCGGGGACAGGAGCUGGACAUGCAGGACCUGGCUGUGGUUGCACCGGACCUCUUUUCCACCAUCAAGGCGCUGCAUGAGGUGGCCGCACGCAAGCGCGCCAUUGAUGCGGAGUUUGACGUGCAGGAGGACCGGGAGCGCGCGUACGAGAAGCUCACCGUUGUUUUUGGCGAAACGGAGUGCAAGGUGGAUGACCUUGGACUGUACAUGGUCUAUCUCCCGCCAUCACGCGUCUUUGGAUUGGAAGAGUACCCACUUUGCGUGAGUGAGUUGUGUGUGUGUGUGUGUGUGUGUGUGUGUGUGUGUGUGUUUAUGAUGAGUCUGGGUUUCACAUUUGCGCAAACUACCCUCACCCCGUUCACCCAUCCACCUCUUAUCCUGCUUGUGCUGUGUGGCGAGCAGGCGAUUGAGUGGACGUUUGAUGAGCUGUUGGCAUCGACGGAGGCAAAGCACGGUUAUUCCAAGGAUCAUCCAAACUACCUUGCCUUCCUCUCCCUUCUCGUCGAAUUCACAGCCGAGGAGCGCAAGCGGUUCCUGCUGUUUGCGACGGGGUCGCCGUCCCUCCCGCCCGGCGGCUUGCAGAACCUGCACCCGCACUUCACCAUCGUGCGCAAGGGCAUGGAUGACGCCCCUGCAGACGACACCUACCCAUCCGUCAACACGUGCGUGCACUACGUUAAGCUGCCCAUUUAUUCGUCCAAGGAAGUUAUGAAGAAGCGGCUUCUGACCGCCAUGCAGAGUACAGGCUUCCAUCUCAACUAA